UGGAAAUACAACAGGCACAAAUUGCUGCAUAUCCAGUACUGAGAGUUGAUCACAGAGUUCCUGAGGAGCUCUACAGCAGGAUGAAACUUAGACCUCCGGAAUCUUCUGGAUAUCAGACGGACGUGUCCAGUGUUUCGAGGGAUUGCUUCAGACAAGACCAACAGCAUGCGGAGGUAAUGUGUGAUCUUUGCAGCCAAGCUGGAGCUUUGAAGAACUGCCGAACCUGUAACAAUUAUUUCUGUGAAUCUGAUGCGUUGAAACACCACGGCGAGAUGCCUAAACACGUCCUCACUGACGUGAGCGAAGAGGUCGAGGGCCGUUGCUGCCCGCAUUCCAGGCCCCUAGAGUUCUUCUGCAUGACUGACGAGGUGCCCAUUUGUCGCAUUUGUGUGAAGGGAAACCACAAAAGGCAUGAAAUAAUUUAUCAGAACAUGCAGCGUCAGAUGUCUGGGGACGAGGACUUUGAGCAGCCUCGUGCAGUGGUGCCCCCUCCUGGUGGAAUCCACUUCCUGUCAGUGAAGCCGACCUCUGUGGUCCUGAGCUGGGAGAUCCCCCAGGAGCUGCAGGGACCCAAACGCUUCAGAAUUAAGUGGAGUUCUGUGCUGGAGGUGGAAGGUUCCCUCCCCAUCAGAGACCUUAGUAAAGUGGAAAUAAACAACCUCCAGCUUGGACAGCAGUAUUUCUUCAGUGUUGCAACAGAAGAUGAGGAGGGGAAUUUAAGUAAAUGGGUGACGGAUCGUGUUUCCACAGCGGUGCCACCGCCUCGUCAUUUAACGAAGGGACAUUCAGAGUCCACAGCUCUGUUCUUGCAGUGGAGCAAAGGAGAAAACAUGGAGGGCAUUCCACAUCAGUUCCUCAUCACCAUCACGAGCCCAGGAAAAGAGGCCCGGGCCAUUUCCACUAGAGACUGUUAUAAGAGAUUGUCUGACCUGGAGCCCGACACCGAGUACACCAUCUCUGUGUCGACGGUGCUGAACGAUAAGUGGAGUGAUCCGGUGUCUACAACCAUACACACAGAGCCGUGUCUCAGGGAGGUGCUGUCAAAGCUCGGACUUGAGGACCAGUACGACUGCAAGCUCACAAUAAGUGAUGUUCUGGAGAUCAAUAAAAACGACACAUCACAGAACAAACUUGAAAUGCCAAAGUCACUUCCUAUGGCCUUUUUAAAGAGUCUUUUUAUGCUAAAGGCAAAUGCUAGAAGUGUGAAGUGCGUCUCCUGCGCUUUUGAUACGGACAAGAAGAUGUCCAUCAACCCGUUGGACCUGAUAACUGCCUUGUUUCUCUGCUCCGACAGCUUUCUUCAGCAGGACAUGGUUCUGAAAAUGACACUCUGCCAGUUUGCUGUCCCACUCUUGCUUCCCAACAGCGAAACAAGAGAAGUCACAAUGUUGCUGUGGCCUAUGCGAGAAAUAGUCCAAAGCUUCAGACCUUCCCAGCAUGCAUUCAUGAAGCAAAGUUGUGAAGAAAGACUUGUGCUCUCUGAUAUUCCUCUGAUUUCAUUUGUCAGGCUGGGGAAGACGUGCUUGUCCAAGUCUCAAAUAUUAAACAAGCUGCUAAGUAACACUGAGCAUUACCACGACAGGUUUUAUCACUCUGACCUGGUGUGUGGUGAUGUGCCCAGAAGAAUUUCAGAUGGGCUUGUUGAAAUCUCCUGGUACCUCCCAUGUGGGAAUAGGAACGUUGACAAAUUCUCUGAACCACUGACUAUUGCCAACCUCCGAGGAGAUAUCAGGGCCUUUGAUAAGCAAUUCUCUUUUCUCUGUCAGACGUCAUCAGCUGUUUACAUCUUCUGUGAUGAAUCAGAGAGUGAUUACUUCACCUCUUUGCAAGGAAAAUACCUUAAAGCAAAGAUCACAUUGGUUAGCAGCAAGAAGGGGAAAACCUUUAGACUCAAAACAAUGACAGUGACACCAAGUUUAAAGAUAACGAAUGAGACCCACAACAAAAAGACGGAUGUAGAGUUGGUAAAGGUCCUCCAGGACUCAGUCUCUAAGUUCCUGCAGAGCAAACCCAAAGAAGUGUCUUUGGCAAAUUUGCCUGAAAGAGCACGCUGUUGUGAGAUUGCAGUUGAUGAGGAUACAGAUGAAUGCCAAAACGCCCGGAAGAAUGUUUACAAAAUCACUCCACACAUAGCCGAAACAUCAGGGUUCAAAGAUAUAAUGCUGCCUUGCCAAGGACAAACCUGGAAGGAACUAUCUUGGGUGGAGACAGAGUACUGGAGACUGCGCAAAGUUGGCAACCAGAACAUUGAGGAGUACCGCAUGUCCCUGAUAACAAAAGAAAAGGAGCUCAGAAGAAAGCAGCAAAGAUUUGCUGUGACACCUAUGAUGUCAAGGUUCCUUGACGGUGUUUGUACCGCAGAGGCGCAGCGCUACUAUUACCUCAAAUGGCUGGAAAUGGAGCUGGAAGAUCUCUCCCGGCACCAGCUGUCAGCUCUGCGAGGUCUCUACAAAGAGUUAACCCACAAGUCUCCCCAAGAAACCGAAGAAAUCGCAGAGGUUGGCAAGCAAAUUUCUGCUUGCUCUUUACAAGUGCGGCACUUCCUUCGAGAGUGCGGGCAGUCGUACGCGAGCGCGACUGGCCUGCCAGAAUUUUGCAGUGCAAGGAAAACCCUGGAGCAGCUGCCUGGACUGUGCGCUCAGAUGUUGCUGGAUGGUUUCCCUCUUGAGCUUGUUGAUGGGGAUGCAGCAAACAUCCCCAUGAAGUGGAUCGCUGACGUUCUCACUGAGCUUCACUACAUCAAGCAAUCCAACAGUAAGCUCAAAGUCAUCACGAUCAUCGGAGCAGAAAGCUCAGGAAAGUCGACUCUGCUCAACACCAUGUUUGGGAUCAGGUUUCCCAUCAGUAAAGAAAUAUGCUCCAAAGGAGCUUUCAUACAGCUGGUAGGUGUCAGUGAAGAUGUCAGGAGGGAACUAGGCUGUGACUGCAUCGCAGUCAUUGACACAGAGGGACUGAAGCCUCACCAGAUGCCCCAAGAUGAUCACAGCCACGAACGUGACAUGCAAGUAGCGAGCCUCGCUGUGGCACUCAGUGACAUCACAAUCGUUAGCUUCACUGAGACAGACAUUGUAGAAAUGGUCGUUCAAGCUUUCGCAAGGCUGGGAGAUGUGAACAAAAAGCCGCUGUGUCAUUUUGUGCAUGUUCACAUGUUUGAGAUGUGUGCUGGUGAUAGGAAGAGGAGAGAUGAAGAGAUGAUAAAACAAUUCAACGUGCUCAUCCAGAGUGACCCUCAGAUGAAGCGUGGCAAUAUCAAAACCCUCUCAGACCUGAUGGAACUCAAGUCGGACACUUGGACUUGGUACAUCCCUCCAGUGUGGAAGGGAACUCCACCAAUGGCUUCUUUCAGCAUUGAUUACAGCGAAGCUGUGCAAGAGCUGAAAAAGCAGCUCAUAAGUGACCUGAAGAAGUGCCCAGAGAGAAGCAAUCUGAUGGAUUUUGUCAAGAGAAUAGAAAACAUCUGGAAGGCCCUGUGAGGUGAGGGAAGUGUAUUCAUGUAGCACAGUAUUCUUCAGUCCUCGUUCUCAGGACCCACUGCCCUACAUGGUUGGGAUGUUUCUCUGUCCUGACACCCUCUACUCAGAUCAGUUGACCAUUGACAGACACCUAAAACAUGCAAGGGAGACGGUCUUGAUGACCAGGAAUGAAAAGGACUGAUCAAGCACAAUUCAUACAAAGAUGGUUCAAACCGUUUCAUGUUACAAAAGGAGAAAAACAGCAUCCGGCCUCUUAAAUGAGAAGAUGGACUGUCUUAUAUUCUUUAAACCAAGGCUGUUCACAGACAAGGACAAGAACUGUCUCUUUAUUGUUGCCUUAUGCAUACAGUGUCAUUAUUUGGUGUCUCACUGAAUUGUGGGUACUGUGUGUUACAUCUUUCCGUGCCUAUUACAGUAUGACUCAGUGAAAGUGAUGUGUUUUUGAAUGUUUUUUUGUUGUUGUGGGUGUCUUACAGAUGUUUUACACAUUUACCUCAAGAUAGUGUACUUUUUGCAUGGCUGUCAUUGUAAAUUAGAAUGUGUCCUUAGAGCCUUUCCUGCUAAAAUGCAGGUUACAUGAAAAGAAACUAAGGAAUAAUUCCUCUGUAUCUAAAUAGCAGCCAGUAGCAGCUGUGAGGAAUGAAGCUUUGAUCUGGGUCCAAAGUGUUUGGUUGGACAGUUUGAUCCCCAGGUUCCUCCAUAUGACACUGAACUGUACAGGUUCUCUUUAAGUCAGUUCGGACUAGGUUUUGUGCGUUUUCUCGUCUUUUAACAAAGACUUGUCUUGAGUCAAUCAUAGAGUAGACUAGACUUAUUUAUACUAUUGUGAAGCAUGAUGAUCAAGAUAAUGUUAUAGAAAAGGGAUUGUUUAAAAAACACAGCACAUGCUGUAGUUUUCAGUGCUUUAUUAUCGUUAUUUCUAACACCAGCUCUUUAAGGCCACUUUGCUACUACAUCAUAUUAAGCUUGACAAGGCAUUCCCCUAUCUUAAAAACUGGUCGGUGGUCCUAAAGUCUGAACAACUCAAAGACUCCUUGUCGUCAAGCACAUACAGAUGGACAAUGGACAUUUAGAUUGCCAUAUACAGUAUCUGGAGUCAUUGGACAACAGUUGCAGCCAAUGAGAGACCGAGGUUGAUGAGAAUCCCACCAAGGAAGGGUGGAAAGCUGUGAACUUUCAAGAAAACACAACACACCAUACCAACAUUUAAGUAGAUAAUGUGUUUCUUCUUCCAUGUUCUUUAUGGUUUCUUUGUAUUUUUUAUUCAUGUUCUAUAAAUUUGUAAUCGUACAGACGGCAUUACCAGUCAUUUUUUCUACU